CCAAAACAUUACGAAACGUGAGUGUUUUUACUAGUGGAAGAAAACUUUUCGAAGAAAAUGUUAUUUUUCUAAAUAUUUAAAGAAGUAAACAAAAAUAAAUGUUAAUAAAUUUUAUAUAAAACAAUAAAAGAACACAAAAUUAUGUCGGUUCAAUACCAAAGAUUCUUAAAAGUACUCGAAAAGUGGCCAGCAGAAAAAUCAAAAGUCGGCAGGGAUCUUGGUGAGCAAAUACGUAAACAUAUAAAAAAUUUAACAAAUCCAGCAAAUUUAACACAAGAAGCCACCGAUAAAAUCACCAAACAAAUAGAUUCACUUGAAAGGUUGGCCAACAACACGUACGGACGUAAAUAUACACGUAUUUACAGUUCCACAGCUACUGGACUAACUGCCCAACAGUGUAAUCAAGUGUUAUCCUCGGAAUUUUUACAAUAUUUAAACGAGGAUAAAAAGAAAAAUUAAAUUACCAAACUCUUUUCAAAUUUACUUUAAUAACUAACAAAAUGUGGCGUAAACAAUUAAUAAAAUCUUAUUGUACCAUGGGAGGUUCACAACAGGCCACUAAUACAGCAGCAAAACCUCCACACAUACCGGUAUUGUGCCAAGAAGCCAUUAACUAUUUAAAACCUUUAGCACAGCAAACCUUUAUUGAUAUGACAUUUGGUGCAGGCGGCCAUACUAGUCAACUCUUGGAACAACAUCAAGAUAUUAAAGUAUUUGCCUUAGAUCGUGAUCCGGUAGCUUAUGAAUUGGCCAAAAAUAUGAGCUCUAAAUAUCAGGGAAGAUUAAUACCUUUAUUGGGUAAAUUCUCUGAUUUACCACGCCUACUCAAAGAUCAUCAAGUGGGACGUCAUAGUAUAGAUGGUAUACUCUUUGAUUUUGGCUGUUCCUCUAUGCAAUUUGAUGAAGCUGACAGAGGUUUUUCCAUAUCGAAAAAUGGUCCCUUAGAUAUGCGCAUGGAUCGUGGUUUAAGCAAAAAUACCGAACAAAUAACAGCGGCGGAUGUUUUAGCUCGUGCAGAGGAAGUAGAUCUGGUGAAAAUUUUAAGAGUUUAUGGUGAAGAAAAGGCAGCCAAAAAAAUUGCUCGAGCUAUAGUGGAGGCACGUGCUGCUUUCUAUAAAAUAGAAACUACCAAACAAUUAGCUGACCUGGUGGCUUCUUGUUUAAGUGAUACACCCUUUAGAAUGGAUAAAAUGCAACGUCCCACCCAUGUGGCCACUAAAACUUUUCAAGCUUUACGUAUUUUUGUUAAUAACGAAUUAAACGAAAUCAAUUAUGGUAUGAUAUUGGCCAAUGAAUACCUGAAACCGGAAGGACGUUUAGUAGCCAUUACUUUCCACUCUUUAGAAGAUACCAUAGUUAAACGUCACCUCAAUGGCAAUGUCAUAGAAGGUUUAGCCAAUCCGGUACCUUUGAAAUAUUGUGGUCAUGAUGUUACUCACGAUAAGGAACUGGUGGAAUCAUUUGUAUGUAGUAAAUGGAAACAAUUGCAUAAACAUGUCAUUGUCCCCGAGGAUGAGGAAAUAAUGCGCAACAGUCGUAGUCGUUCGGCAAAAUUAAGAGCUGCCAUUAAAUUGAAAUAGUGAUCAGAGAAAAGAGUAAAAUGUUUGGUUUGGGAUUUUUACUUUAUUAUUUAAAGUUUUUGUUGUAGUUUUAAGUUACAUUUUGUUUAGAUUUAAAUAAAGAAAAAUGUGUAAAUGAUGAGAAUAAAAUAAAGCACUGAAGUCGUUUAAAGAAGUUUAA